AUGAUCAAUGACAGCUACUUUGGUGGAUUUAUACUCCUUGGAUUCACAGGCCAGCCUCAGAUGGAGAUGAUUAUCUCUUGGGUUGUAUUUUUCUUCUACAUCAUUGCCCUGAUGGGAAAUAUGGCCAUCAUCCUACUGUCUUUUCUUGAUGACCAUCUCCAAACUCCCAUGUACUUCUUCCUUAGAAGUUUGGCCAUUUUGGAUCUCUGCUAUACCACAAACAUAGUCCCUCAGAUGUUGGUCAAUAUCUGGGGCAAAGACAAGAGAAUUACCUUUGGUGGCUGUGCUUUCCAACUUUUCACUGAUAUGGUUCUCUGCUCAGUUGAAUGCAUCCUUCUGGCGGUGAUGUCUUAUGACAGGUUCAGUGCUGUCUGCAAGCCUCUGCACUAUAUGACCAUAAUGAACUCCCAACUUUGCCAGGGCCUUGUAGGUACUGCCUGGGUUGUUGGUGUUAUUAAUUGCAUGAUACUUUCCCCCUAUGCCAUGAGUCUUCCUCGAUGUGGAAAUCACCACCUGGAUCACUUCUUUUGUGAGAUGUCUGCAAUGAUCAAGAUUGCAUGUGUGGACACGACAGCCAUGGAGGUAACCACAUUUGCCAUGUGCCUGAUUAUAGUUCUUGCUCCUCUUCUUCUCAUUCUGGUUUCUUAUGGCUUCAUUGCUGUAGCUGUGCUCAAGAUCAAAUCUGCAACGGGGAGGCAAAAAGCAUUUGGGACCUGUUCCUCCCACCUCAUUGUGGUAUCCAUCUUCUAUGGAACUGUAGUCUAUAUGUACAUCCAGCCAGGAAACAGUCCAAAUCAAAAUGAGGGUAAACUUCUCAGUAUCUUUUAUUCCAUUGUUACUCCCAGCAUGAACCCACUGAUCUAUACUCUGAGGAAUAAGGAGUUCAAGGGGGCCAUAAAGAGACUGAUUGGGAAAAAGCAAGUUCUGUGGAAACAAUAG